AUUUCUACUCUAACUUGCCGGCAUGUUGGCGUCAGAAUGUUUUCUCGUUCAUUUUGAUCUACGGUAGCCGUUGCAUUUUCAAAGCGUAAAUUCUAACUAAUCAAUUCUAUAGUAACAGUGACGAGUGAAUUAUGUUCUAAAGUUUCUUUAAUAGCAUUUUUAAAAAACUCUACAAUGGAGGACUCUUUCGUUUUUGGUAGUGUUCUUAGUGAAGAAGAAUGGAAAGUAGUUCCAGUAGAUUUAGGAAAAAAAAUUAUAAAGUUUGUGACUGAAAAUUUUGAUGACUUAAUAAAAGCCAAAGCUUUAUUGGAAACAAAAUGUUGUAAUUUGGAACAAAAAGAUAAGGAUUUACAUGAUACCCUAGAAAAAGCAGAAUUAGAAAAUAAAACACUUAAAUCAAAAUUAGAAGUUGCCUCUAACACUAUAAAUGAACAUGAAACCCAAUUAUCUAAUCUUACUGCUGAACUAACGAAAUUACAUGCAAAAUGCAAUGCUUUUGAAGCUGAAACAGCUGAAUUUCGUCAUCAGAGGAACAAAGCUGUGGAUGAAAAAGAUGAACAUCUCAGAAUGAUAAAUAGACGAAAUGGAGAAAUCGAGAGACUCCAAGCAGAUUUAAAAGAUUCUACAAAGAAGUUGGAAUCUGCUAUUACUGCUAAAUGUGAAGCAUUAGCUCAGAUUGAAGAAGUUGCUUCAAUGAAAAUAAAUAUAGAAUAUCGUGAAAAAAGAAUGGAACAAGACAAGGCACUAUAUAACAGCCAAAUAGAAAGUCUACAAGAAGAACUACAUAAGAAAACUGAAGAACUACUUAACUCAAAACGUGAUAACUCGUCAACUUGCAUUCAAUUGGAAACGAAACUUAUUCAGAAGACACAGGAACUGACAGUAGCUACAGAACAGAUUAAAUCUCUAAACGAUAUUAACACUAACUUAACCUCAAGAAUUGAAGAACUUUCUCAAAAAAUUGCAAAUAUGAGGGAUGAAGAAGCGAAGGUUAAUGAGUCAUAUGUAUUUGAAAUUGAAGCUAAAACUAAAAUGGCUAAUGCCUUUAAAUCUAGAUAUGAGGAACUAGAACACCAUUCUAAAACGCUGGAAGAUGCUGUUACAGAGUUACAACAAGUACUGAAAAAUGCCACUGAGCAGUAUGGAGAACUGGAAACAAAACAUAAAGAGUCUGAGUUGGCUAAGGAAGAAAUUAUUGCAAAGAAGAACGAAUGCCUUGAAUUAUUGAAAAAGGAAUUGGAAACAGCCAAUGAAUUACUAGAUAAUUCAAGACCAAUGCUUGAUAGUGAAGGUAUUUCUCCAAAUAUAUCUUCAUCGAAGCUCGUGAAACCUGGUAUGACCUAUUCAGAAUUAUAUUCACGGUAUGUAAAUGUUUCUAACAGAUUAACCGAAAAGGAAGAAGAGUGUGCUCGGUCAAAUAAUUACAUAGAUGCAAUCGUCAAAGAAAUGGAUUGCAAUUUACCAAAAUUACGAAAGUUGCAACAAGACUAUUCAGAUUGUUUAACAACUAUAGAUACGUUAAAGGAUUCCAAUGACCAAUUAUGCAGUGAAAUCCAAUUACUUCAUGAUACAACUGCGGAGUGCAAAAAGGCUGAAGGAAUUCGAACACGGGAAAAUGAAAGAUUGAGAAACGAAGUCUCUGAUUUAUCCCGACAAGUCGUUGUUUUGUUGAAUGAGGUUGAAAACUCCAGAGUCGGAUCGUCUUCAACAUCGACUGAUAAUGAUUUAAGUGAUAGUGUCAAUUCAGCAGACAUUAUAAGCAAGAAAUUAGUUACUUUCAAUGAUAUCACUGAAUUACAGACUAACAAUUUAAAACUUCUGGCUUUAGUUAGAGAAUUAUCGGCACGCCAAGAAGAAGUGGAGAGUCUCGAUCCAGCUGCGAUUGCCUCACUAAAACUUAAAGUAGAGGAACUUAUGCAGUCACAAGAUGAACUACUUGAAGAACGUGAAAAGCAAACAAAAAUGAUGGUUACCCUCAGAAAUCAAAAAGACAUGUAUAAGAACUUGUACACCCAAGUUGUUAAGGGCGCUGGAGAAGAAAUUCAUAUGUCUGAUGUUUCUGAAAAUGGGGAACCUAAAAUACGCACCGAAACUGAAACGCAGCUGGAAGAAAAGGUUCAGGAAUAUGAAGCUAAAGUAGAAAAAUUAAAGCGAGACGUCGAGCAUUUGAAAGAAGAAAACGAAACUUAUCGUAAAGAAAAGUCAGCCAAUGAAAAGAUUUUGAUCGAACAAUUAGAUAAUAUGCGCGCCGAGGUUAAGGAGCUGACGAGACUAAAUUGUAAACUGAGCUCUCGUGCUGAACAUGACGAAGAAAAGUUUAAAAUAUUCAACAACAACAUUGAUAUCUACAAGAAACAAAUAGGAGCAUUAGAAAAGCAGAAUAAAAUUUAUAGCGAGUCGAUAAUUAAGCACGAACAAGCAGCUACUUAUUUGAAAAAUGAAACAAUACAAAGCCAAACGAAGCUUUCACGAGCAGAAGUUAUGCUGGGCAAUUUGCAAAAAGAAAAUGCUUUGCUAAAAGACGCUGAACAACGACUUCUCAAGGAAAGAGAUUCGCUAAAGGUAAACUUCCAUCAACAAAAUCUUAUGAAAACAAAUAUAGAGCUUAUUAAGGCUUCUCUCGAACGCGCAGAUGCGGAAGGAAAACUUAAAUUGGAAGGUAGACUUGAUGAAGCUCAUAGAGAAUGUGCGGCUCUGCGCAGAAGACUACAGGAAGAACAAGAUCAUUUUAGACAAUUGUCCGAUCAUUUAGAAGCUCAAAAUAAAACCAUCGAGAAAAGAGCAGAAGAAGAACGGGAAAUAGCGGAAAAAUUGCGCAAAGAAGUUGCAGAAGUUAGGGAAGACCUCAUGGCUAAAGUAGCCCAAAAUGAAGAGUUGAGUAAAAAACUUAAGAGUGAAAUGUUUAUGGUACCUGAUGGUAGCGCUGAGACAAGAAAAGUAAGAGAAUUAGAACAGCAGAUAGCUGAUCUACAAGCUGAAAACGAAUCGUUAAAGAAGAAAAUAAAAACCGCUAAAGAAGCUUCCGAUGAAUAUUUCAAGGUUGCAGAGGCGUCGGAAAAACAAGUUAAAGAUGCCAUGGACAGAAAUGAAUUGUUGAUUCAAGAAGUAGAUAAGCAUAAAGCUCGUAUACGAGAAUUAGAAGAAAAAUGUGCUGAACUCGAGGGAGAAAUUUCUAUUCAAUUAGAUGAUCAAGAUAUUACAAAUGCAGGAAAGAGCAGGUCCAUGCAGCUUCAGGAGGAACUUAAUAUUAGAAAUAUGGAUUUAAGAACAGCAAAACAACAAUUAGAAACUGCAAGAUCUGAAAAUAGACAGCUGAUUGAACAACUUAAAGCUGUUGAAAAUAAAUAUGCACGAGAGGUUACCUUACACUCUGUUGAUCUACAGUCACUUACUAGUAUGAAAGAGGAACUUGAUAAAGCCUUAGGAGAAAUUAAUAAAUUACAAAGCGAGAGACAGAAGGCUACUGAGGCUCUAGAACAAUUUAAGGAAAAUUGGGAAAAACAAGAACAGUUGUUCCAAAACGAAAAGCAGGAACUUAAUGAAAGAUUUAAAGAUAUGGAUUCCCAGAAUAGCCUUUUACAUGAUCAAAUACAAGCUCUCAAUACACAGCUUGCACUCCUGCAAGCCCAAGUCAGCGACAACCAAAGUCAAAAUACAUCUAUUGGAGAGUCCUCCUUCUCGAAAUCAUUCACAGAAGAUGAAACUAAAUCAUCUGAACAACUUUUGAAGAUUAUUAAAUAUCUAAGACAAGAAAAGGAUAUCGCUGUAAGUAAGGCUGACAUAGUUGAAGCUGAACAUUCCAGAUUGAAGACACAGUUUGAAAUGAUUAAAAAGCAACUUGAUGAGGCUAAAGAGUCUGUUGAAACGGAGAGGCAGAAAACAGAGAUCUCUGUUGUAUCCGCUGCUAAACAUGCAGAAGUUCUGCGUAAGCUAGAAACUCUCAAUGCCAUCACCGACAGCAACAGAGCUCUACGACAGGAAAGAGAUACUCUAGCUACCCAAUUAGCAGAUCUCCGAAGCAAAGCAGAAACAUUCGAAACUGAAGUUGAACCUUUGCAAGAAAAGAACAGAGAGCUCACAACAAAGGCUGACCAAUUACAAAGUGAAAAUAUCUCAUUGCGUGCCGAAUGUACCAGGUGGAGACAAAGAGCUAAUAUGCUUAUUGAAAAGACCAACAGAACAAGUCCCGAAGAUUGGAAGAAGUUGCAGACGGAACGGGAGACGUUAGCCAAACAGUUGACAAUCGAAAGAGCCAAUAUUACCAAGUUAGUGGAUGAUGUUAAUACAUUAAAGCAAGAGAAGAGUAAUCUCGAGGAAAAACUAACUACAUUGAAGAACCAGAGUAGUCAGCAGCAAGAAGAAAUAACCAGAUUACGGGACGAAGUAUCUAACCUACAGGCACAAGUUACACAACUCACUAAUACCGUAGAUCAACAAAGCGCUGAAAUAAUAAAGUUCAAGGAAGAAAAUCGUGGGCUUACUGAGGAAACGGCCGCUAAAGAUACUACUAUUAACGAACUAAAGAACAAUAUGGCCCAAGUUAGAAAGAUAGCUAAAAAGUAUAAGAUUCAGUGUGAAGAUCAAACUAAAGAAAUAGCCUCACUGAAACAGCAAAAUGAACAGCACGAAUCUGAGCAAGUGAGUAGUAUUGAAAAGCAAGAACUUUUGGAAAACCAACGUUCAGAAUUGGAAGAAAAGGUAACUGAAUUAGAAAGAAGCCAUAAAGAAACCAUUGACCAGUUAAAUCAAGAAGUUUCUUCUACAACUGAGCAGAUAGAGAAUUACCGAAAGGAAAUUGAGAAUCUAAAACAAACCAGUCAAGAAAAGGAAGAAAGAUUUAAGGCGCUGUUUAAGAAUGCCAAGGAAAGGAUCGUGAGUUUAACAGAUCAGAAUAAUACUUUAAAAGAAGAAAUUAAUCGACCGGGAAGAUCAGACGGAGCUGAAAAAUCAAGCGAUGACUCUGCUAAGAUUGAUGAAUUGCUCGAGAAAAUAGCUUCGCUGGAAAGAGAGAGGGACGAUAUUCUUGAAGAAAAACAACAAGAACAAGAUAAGCAUACAACAGAAGUAGAAAGUCUUAAUCAAAGGAUAUCGCAAUUACAAAGGCAACUGGGUCUUCAACAAGGAUCAAAACCUAGCACUAGUUCAAGCACCGCUGAAAAGUCUUCCACUGAACGGCCAACUGCUGAUAUUAAACCGAUGGCAGGCCACUCUACAAAUACUCAAACACAAUCUGUUCCUAUACAACCAUGGAGAAGUGGUGGUGAACCUCCUUUAGCAAGUAUUAGACCGAUGUCUGCACAACUACGCACUGGUGUUGUGUUACCAACUAGUCAGAGUCCCAGCGCAGUUAUGGUACCACCACAACAACAGGUGCACACUACAGGAUCCAGUUCAAUAGAAGCCCUUUCUAGCAGCCCUACUAGUUCCCACACUGAAUAUGUUCCUGCAACUAGCUCAGCUAGUCCUGCAAUGUUGGGUCCUCGUCAAGUCGCCGUACCUCCCACCCAAUCGUCUCAAGAUACAGAAGACGACGAGAGUAGUAUGCAGGUCCAGGCAGCUCCACAGACUCAAGCCGUUGCUCUUGUAUUACCGAGAGUUGAACCGCCUAGCAGUGGUCCAACUCAGGAACAAGGUACAAGUAGUAGCAGCUCAAAUACUGUUACAACAACACAGGCUGGGCAUAAAAGACAGCGAGAAGCUGAUAUGGAUAGUAGUCAAUCCGAUGAGCAAACUAAGACACAACAACAAACUAAGAGGACAAGGAUCCAGCAAGCUGGAACCGUAAGUGAUAGUGGUUUGGAUGUCGAAUAUCAAGUUCCCACGAGCAGUCAAAGGGAUCAUGAUGACGACAAUGUGAUAGUAGUUGAAAGUGAUGAAGAAGGUGCUGCUGAUGAAGGCGAAGGUGCUGAUGAUGAGCAAGAUGAUCCUGAUACUGAGGGAUAUGAUAUGGAGGGAAUGGAACAGGAUAAUUAUGAAGAUGCUGAUUGCCAAGAUGUGGAAGAUGAAGAAGAGGCUGGUAAUGAAGUUGAGGUGAUAGACGAUUCCAGUGAAGUGCCAAAUCAAAGUGAGAGGGAACAAGAUAACGCGGAAGAAGAAAGUUCAGAACAACCACAGUCUGAAGCAAUAAGUAGUGGCACUGAUGGCACGAGCAGCAGUGGUGUCACAAUAUCUCAAGUUUCCACAUCCGUGUCAAUGACUGUACCAUCUUUUUCUCGUACGAGGCCCGUAGCUCCUCUGCCGUCCAGACACUCUCAUUUACUUCUUCACCAACAAGGUCUAGAAGAUAUAGGAGAUGAUGGCAUCGUCCCAUCAACGCCAACUUUAUAUGUCCCUCGGCGGUCGGAUGGUUUCGGCGAAGCUGUUAGUUCUCCUCAUGUUCCUACCAGCGGAAGGUUCACUUUUAACGAAUCUCUUCCGACAAAUAUAGCUGGAUCCAGCAGCCUAGAGCACGUGCCUGAACAAACACUUAUGGAGCCCGGCAGCUUGGAUGAGACUAGUACCGGAAGGAGCGUACCUACGACACCGUUACAGUCUUCUCCGCAAGAAGGAAUUCCCGGUAGUGAGGAGCAAGGUACUAGUCAACAGUCAGAUGCUGAAACUCCAUCCAUUGCAAUAAGUGGUGAAGUUGAUGAUAAUGAAACCAGAGGUGAAGGUAGUUCGGGCGAUAUGGGUCCCCCAGCUGUGGCUGGCACCUCGUCAGAAGGCGCUCAACAGCAUGAACAAGCAGAAGAAAUGCUUGAAGGUGACGAUGGUGUAAGUUCUGAAGGAGAGAAGCCGCCCGUAGCCGAAGAAGGCGAAGAAGAAGGACGUGAAGCGGAGGCUUCUCCCAGUUCUAACUCUCGGGGCGUAGCUAGAGGCUCAAAUUCUGCUCGAAGAUCUACAAGGUCAUCAUUACCGAGAGGUGUUAAUCAACGAUCUGGUCCAACUCCUAUUGUAUGGAGCGACAGAUCGCCACAACGACAUCAACAACAUCCUCAAGACAGAAAUAGAUCACCCCAAGGUUACCAAUCGAGGACGGUAGCAAGGAGAGCCCGCAAUCGUGGCCAGAGGCCAUUUGAUAGACGUUUCUAAAUCCCACUUCGUUUUUCAUUCAUUCCAUGAACAUUGUUAAGGUUUUAGUUUCGUCUUAUUUUUGUUUUAUAAAUUUACGCAUAAAAAUUUAUUAAGAUUAAGGUUUAUUUUUUUUUGUGAAAGAGUUUUGAUGUUCGACUGAAAAGGAUUAUUCAGAUAUUUAUUAGCAAUGUGUAAGGUCAUCCCUGCUGUGUAGGCGUUUGUAAUAAAUAUAUAAUCCAGAAUUA